CCCUCAUCAGGGCCUCUACACCUAUUUUCAGGGUGGGCUGCCUGGUCAAGUAUAUUCGAUAUUCGGACUACAAACAUUGCCGAAGCGUUUCACAAUCGCCUGAACAUCACAUUCGGAAGAGACCACCCGGAUCUGCGCACGCUGCUAGAGAAGCUUAAGUAUAUAGAUUUCGAAGCCAAGUGUACCCUGCGCACCCCAAUGAAGAAGAAGCAUCUCAGGAAACGAGACCGCGAGCGCAGGGAAAAUAUUGAGAGGAGCAUGAAAAGGUUUGGGGACAUUUAUCGCUCGCGAGGAGUGACUACAGCCGAAAUUGAAGAUUAUUGUAAAUAUAUGGUCAAGAUAUGUAUCUGGUAA